AUGUGGACCAGGAGAUUUGGGAAUUGGAAUCAUGGGAUCAUCGCGGCGUCUGUCUGCGUGUUGUCGCUCUGCGUGGGCUCUCUGCAGGCGAUCGCGCUCCAAUCAAAACUUUUGACAAGGUCUGGAGGAUCAACGACUACAAAAGAUAUUCCUAUAAGCUACCAAACUCUGUACAUUGAUCAAAAGAUUGAUCAUUUUGGAUUCCUUGAAGAUGGCACUUUCAAACAGCGCUACCUCCUCUCUGACACGUACUGGCACCGGCCUGGAGGUCCCAUUCUCUUCUACACUGGCAACGAAGGCGACAUCGCAUGGUUUUGCAACAACACAGGAUUCAUGUGGGAGGCUGCAAAAGAGCUGGGCGCCAUGCUGAUUUUUGCUGAACAUCGUUACUAUGGAGAAUCUAUGCCAUUCGGAGAAGCAUCGUACAGUGACAGCAAACACCUGAACUUCUUGACAUCAGAGCAGGCACUGGCAGAUUUUGCAGUCCUCAUUAAAAACGUAAAAAGCACUCUACCUGGAGCUCAACGAAGUCCUGUUAUUGCCAUCGGAGGUUCCUAUGGAGGGAUGCUGUCAGCCUGGUUUAGAAUGAAAUACCCCAAUAUCGUUGUCGGAGCGUUGGCAGCUUCAGCUCCAAUAUGGCAGUUCCCUGGUAUGGUGCCAUGUGGAGCCUUCUACAAAACAGUAACUGAGGACUUUGCCAAAAGUGGAUAUAACUGCGAAGUGAACAUCAGAAAAUCCUGGUCCUCCAUAAAUAACAUUUCCUCCACUGCGUCUGGGCUUGAAUGGCUGACAAAGGAGUUCAGUCUCUGCGAUUCUCUCAAAAAUAAAGACGUGACAAGCUUCAAAAACUGGCUUCAGGAGACGUGGGUCAACCUGGCCAUGGUGGACUAUCCCUAUGAGGCCAACUUUCUGCAGCCACUCCCCCCAUGGCCAAUCCAGGUUGUAUGCAAGUAUCUCACUAUGGACGCUAAGGCAUCAGACAAACUUCUUUUAAGAGGUGUGUCUCAAGCCGUAAAGGUUUACUAUAACUACACUGGUGGCAGCUCCUGUCUCAACAUCUCUCAGACAGCCACUGGCAACCUCGGCAUUGUGGGCUGGUUCUAUCAGGCCUGCACAGAGAUGGUGAUGCCUAUGUGCUCUGACGGAGUGAAUGACAUGUUUGAACCAGAGGACUGGAACUUCCAGGCCUUUUCGGACGAGUGCAAUUCUUUGUUUGGUGUGAGACCUCGAUCCGAGUGGGCAGAAGUGGUCUACGGAGGCAAAGACAUCAGCGCUCAUAGCAACAUAAUUUUCAGUAACGGAGGCCUGGAUCCGUGGUCGGCUGGAGGAGUGACUCAUAACAUCUCGGAGUCUCUGGUAUCCAUUGUGAUUCCUGACGGAGCGCACCACUUGGACUUACGCUACAGCAGCGAGCACGACCCCCCCACUGUGAGAGCGGCCCGGGCUUUAGAGAUCAAGUAUUUUAAAGAGUGGAUUCGGCAGGCCAAAAAGGCUCACCGACCCCACUCCAACUCCAGACUCUAA